ACCUAAGAACUCUUUAAGCGCGGUCUACGAUCCACCUGGCGGAAAGAAGGCGCGAUCGCCGCUGGUUGCAAAUAUUAAGUGAAACAAACACCACUUUUCUUCUUCUUCUUCUUCUACUGCGAGUACUCUCUCGUUCAGAAUGCGAAUAUAAGAGUCAGAUUGGCUACCGAACAGUGAAUAAUUUGAAUUAAAACCCAACUUCAGUUGAACUAAAAUGAAUUGAAAACAGUAAGUGAUUGAGUUGCGUGCUUCUGAUUUGUUUCAGUGAAUCAAAACUAUAAAGUGAAAUCUUUGAUGAUCAAUUUUUGGUACAAAUUUUGGUCCGACCUGCAUUUAAUGAUAGAUAUUGUAUGUGGGUGUAAAUGUGAACAUACUAUUCGAUUUAGAUAUAUGCAGAUCAAGAAACAGGUAUUCAUGAUAUGCGUAUAAUGGAAAUGCAGACGUCGCCACAUCUUAGCCAUGGGCUAGCGGCACUCUCGCCGAUCCAAGUACAUCAGCUUUCGCAUCCGCAUUCAGUUCCGCAUCCGCACCUGCAUCCACAUCUGCAUCCACAUCAGCAUCAGACGCAGCCUCAGCAUCAGCAUACGCACCAACACCAUAUUAUCCAAUCCCAAUCACAAGCUCAGCCCCUGUCGCUGUGCAGCAGCCAACAGCAGCAGCAGCAGCAGCAGCAGCAGCAACAGCAGCAGCAACAGCAGCAGCAGCAGCAACAGCAGCAACAGCAGCAGCAGCAACAUCAUCUACCACAGCAGAUGAGCAGCGCGUCAUCAACUUUGCACUCACUCCAAAGCUCUGCGCCUGGCGAGCAGCACGGCACAGUACAUCAGAAUCAGAAUCAGAAUCAGAAUCAGCAUCAGCAUCAGCAUCAGCAAAUAUAUACCUCAGCGCAAUUGGAUGACAAGUCCAAGGUGCAAAAGUAUGACGAAUACUCGAAUGGCUUGGUGAGAGGACUGUCCACGCCUGCCGCCGUGCAGGAAUCUCCCCCGACUCUAUCUGGAAGCAGUUUUCUGGCUCACUCACAGGGAAAUGUCGAAUGGAUAUCAGCCAUGAAUGAUGCUCAAAAUAAUGCAGAAGAUUCGCACAGCUCGCAAGGCAGCAUUUCAGGCGAUGGUCAUGGCGGCGUCAAUCAGCUGGGAGGCGUGUUCGUUAAUGGACGCCCCCUUCCCGAUGUAGUCCGGCAGCGGAUCGUGGAGCUGGCACACAACGGCGUUCGUCCUUGCGACAUAUCGCGUCAACUGCGCGUUAGCCAUGGCUGCGUCUCGAAGAUACUGUCCAGAUAUUAUGAAACUGGUAGCUUUAAGGCUGGCGUCAUAGGCGGCUCGAAGCCAAAGGUCGCGACGCCGCCAGUCGUUGACGCGAUCGCCAACUACAAGCGGGAGAACCCGACGAUGUUCGCCUGGGAGAUACGGGAUCGGCUGCUGGCAGAAGGCAUUUGCUCGCAAGAUAAUGUGCCCAGCGUAUCGUCCAUAAAUCGAAUUGUUCGAAAUAAAGCCGCUGAGAAAGCGAAACACGUGCAUCAUCACCACCAGCAGCAGCAGCAGCAGCAGCAGCAGCAAAUGCAACCAAACCUCAGCAAUGGACAUAUCGCAAGUGAGAGCCUCGACAGCAGCAACGGCGCAAUUAGCGAGCAGCAAGCUGCCAUCUCUAACAGCAACAACAACAACUCGAGCAGCACUAACACCAACAACAGCACAGCUUCGGUCGUAUCGGGCGCAGGCGCAGGUGCAGUGGGCGGUCUAGGCGCGACGGCCCAACCAGUGACUGGCCCCAGCAGCGGCGCUGGUGGCGGAGGCGGAGGCGGUGGCGGAGGCGGCAGCAGCAGCAACAACAUUACAACGGCUGCGGAAGCAGCAGCGACUGCCACGGAGCAUCGAUCGUCUGGCUCGGGAUACAGCAUAAAUGGCAUUUUGGGUCUGCAGCAUGGCCAUCACAUACACAGCAACAACAACAACAACAGCAACAACAACAACAACAACAAUACGUCAGCUGCCGAUUGUAAACGCAAGCGAAGUGAUAUCCACGAUGAGAACCGCGAUGUAAAUAUGAACUCUGAGGAGGAAGUCAAGCGACAGCGAUUAGCCUAUGGCGGCGACCAGAUAUAUACAAAUAUCUGGUCUGGCAAAUGGUGCAUCAAGGACGAGCAUAAGCUGCUCUCAGAGCUGGGAAACUUUACGGGCCCAGCGACGGCAACGACGACGGCGACUAGCAGUGGGCCAGCCUACUACGAGGCACCAAAUGGAUAUCCGACUAGCACAAUACCUUGCGCGGGCGUCGGCAACGACUCGGCCAUGAUGUAUGACAGCAUCGCAUCGAUAUCUCAAAGUCAAAGUUCGCUCUAUACGCCGCCAAUAGGCCCGUCGAUUGGCAGCAGUUCAUUGACUCCACUUGUGCCUUUAAGUUUGCAAGACAUGAAAUUCAAUGCAAAUAAUCAGGAUCAAAACAUAUCGCCCUUUUAUACAGCAAUCGCCAUUGAGAGUGGCAGCAGCUAUCCCACAAUCACGAGCCUGGACAGUGCCAACACGACGACGGUGAUACGUGGCAAUAUUGCCGGCCGAGGCAACUGCAAUGAUUCGCCCACUAACACUAAUGGUAAUGAUAAUGCUAACGGCAACGCCAACGCCGAUGUCGAUGCCAAUGCUAAUGCUAAUGCUAAUGCUAAUGGUAGUACUAGCUCUAAUAGCAAUGCCAAUGCUAAUGCUAAUGAGCUUCAGACUGUAGACAGAGCUCCUGUUCAUGAUGUGUGUAGCGAUGAGAAUACCAACAACAAAAGUGCACGCAAUGAUAUGGCCAAACAGCGCGGGAGCAGUCUCAUUGACUUGCACAUACCCAUUAAUCAUCUAAUGCCAGACUCAUCAGCUGCCCAGGAUCAUCAUCACCAGCAGCAGCAACAGCUCCAGCUGUCCGGCAAUGGAAGCGCUAAUACCUCAUCUCUCAUAGUCUUACAAGCCAAUGCAAAUAGCUCAACGGCCGACGGACGCUCUGAUGUUGAUUAUAUUGCUGCCAAUAGCACAGCUAUUUAUGCCACGCCCACAAUGCUUCCCAGUUUUAGCCACUACUCAGCAGCCUGCGGAUCAGUUCUACCAAGCACUGAUUACGCCUAUAGUCCAGCAUAUACCCAAUAUGGAGGGACCUAUGGAUCGUACAGUUACGGAACCAGCAGCGGCUUAAUAAAUUCAUCGUACUACUAUGAAGGCGGUCAGAAUCAGGCAUCUCUCAAUCAGGACUUACGCUCGCCGCUAGCUGCUACCAGAGCUAAUUCUUUGGUUUCAGCAGCAUCGCCGACAGGCAGUGCGUGCACGAAAUCAGAGACAUCAGAUAUAUUUCUUGUGUAGUAGUACCAAAAGAUCUAAAUUUAAAUCCUUUAAUUUUAAUCGUUGUUCCAAAGAAACUUAUAUGUAGCUAUACAUAUACAUAUGUAAGACACAUUAUUACUCGUACAGUCACUCUAUAUAUUAUCACUACAUAUAUACAUAUGUAUAUAUUGAUAUCUAACUGUACGAGUCGGUAUUUAUAUCAAGAGUAGGUAAGAGCAAAAUUAGAAGAAAAGAAAACCCAUCCAAGUGUUAUUUUUUAAUCGACGAUGAACUGAAGAACUCAACGAGGACAAUUCUCAAUAUAAUUAGCUCAUUUGCAUUAAAACAUAUAUUUUGGUAGAUGAACCAAAGCCCUACACUUUGUAUUAUUAAGUAUUAAGACAAAAAAAAAAAAAAAAAAACAAGCAGGACGUUAAUUCAUGCAGUUGAACGAGUCGUCUGAUACUUGUUCACCAAGUGAAAAGAUAAUAUAUUGGAUUUUGUCAAUGACCGAUGAUAUGUUUCAAGUUUUUACAUACUCCUUUGUGGGCGUGAGAAAAUAAGGCAAGAAACGCAAGUAUCUUCCAAAAGUCUCCGAAAUCAAAUUGCUAAAAGGGGACAUUGAAUUUAAAUCCGACAUCCUAAAUGCGAGGGAAAAGCAAUAUUCCCUAUUUUGUGAAUGCCACAAAAGUAAUAAGUUAAAAAUAAAUAUUUAAAAAAAUGAAGUAAAUUAAAGGAUUGAAACCAAAAUCUUUACUAAGAGAAACUCAACCAAAAACUCUACAAUGCAAGUUUUCCAAAAACUUGUAAAUCGCGUGUAUUUUAAUAUGCUAGACUUAAAUUAAUAAUAAUAUAACAAAUGUACGCACACGAUUAUGGUGAAUAACUAACUUUCAUAUUUUAUUUGUAUAUGUACAUAAAUAUUAUGUUCAAUUGUACAUACUGAUCUACCCUCAACUUGCACUGCUGUGGGUUCCGCAAGAGCGCAGGAAAUGUUACCUUGAGCUCCGAAUAGCGCUUCGAUUAUUACAAUCUUAUUAUUUAAUUAUUAAAAACU